CUUAACCUCAGUGGACCGAUGGAAGAUGCAACAACUCUUAUGAAUUACAACGGCAAAUUAGGUUUGCUUAUGUUUGACUUUUUUAACGGGAAAAGUAGUGGUUUUGAAUUUUGGGUUUUGGAAGACUUCGACAAAAAGGAAUGGUCCGAUCACGUUUAUGUCUUUCCUCCUGUUUGGCAAAAUGUAGUUGAGAAGACCACCUUAUGCUUUUCUGGAGUGGUUGGUACAACUGAAUUUGUGUUUGUGCCGAAUACACUGUCUGGUCCUUUCUAUGUUUUCUACUACAAUAUCGAGAAGAACACUGUCGUUAGAGUGGGAGUCCGAGGAAUGGAAGCGUUUGAAGGUUAUACUGUUGAAGCCUUUUCAAAUCAUGUGGAGAAUGUUGAGCUUAUUCGAGCAUUUUAGGAAUUUGUAACUUGAAAAGGUUAUGUAACAAAGCUAGUUUUUCUCUUUUUAAGUUCUCAUCAUAAGGAUUAAUGACCAUGUGUAGUAGUUAUCAUUUUGUUUGCUUAUUGAACAUAAGUACGUUUUGUUUCCUGUGAUAAAUGGA